AUGCAUAAACGUCACCUGCACCUUCGGUGCUUAAAAUUACCGGCGAUGUGUCUCACACGGCGUCAGCAAUUAGCGAGCAUAGCUGCUGCCCUGGUGUACUUGGAAGUCUUACCUCGGCCCACAACUGCGGCCGAAGAGUCAGCUCCUUCUUCUUCGGCGUUAAAAGCUAUAGAUGCCAUCCGCCGUGACUUUGUGGAGAGGCAAUACUACGUCACCGGCAAUUUGACUCCGCAGCUCUUCGCCCCUGACUGCGUGUUCAAAGACCCCACUGUGGAGGUCGUGGGCGUAGAGCCAUACGUCAGGGCGCUUCAGGCACUAUUCGACCCUUCCACGUCGCGCGCUGACCUCAUCUCCAUUCGCGCCACGGCCCCCUCUACCGUCGUGCUUCGAUGGCGGCUAGAGGGCUCCCUGAAGCUGGCCGGUCUUAAGAUCAAGCCGUACACUGGUACGACAGUGUACACCCUCUCCGACGAUGGCAAGGUCAUCCGCCACGAGGAAACCUGGGACAUAAGCACCGUGGACGCCUUUGUGUCGACCUUCUUCCCCGGCUUCGGAGCGCCGCCCGCACCGCCCGUACCGCCCGUACUGCCGACGACCGUGUAA